AUGAAAAAAAUAGCCCAAAGAUGUUUUUCCCCCAUCGUGUACGCCCUACUAUUGUUAUAUCAGAAGGCAGCAAAGAGCUCAUACGUAGACAUAACUCUACUAAACGAUAACUUUUUUGAUGACAUGCUAAAAACAGAGUUGUCCUACAUGAGCAAUCACUUAACAUUUAAUGACAAUAAUAAGUCCAACAAGAGAAAAAAACGAAAUGAUGCAGCGGUAGAUGACGUCGUUUUGCUAACAAACAUUCCAAACGAAAUGACAAGUAGCGCAAGCAACGAUGUUAAUAACUUCCUAGAUUUGAUAAACUUAUACGACUCGGAAAUUAACAACACAGUUACGAACCAUCUGAACCAAACACAACCAGUAAAAGGCUGUGAAGAUGACAUAAAAAAUAACAACUGUGAUAGGGAUGUGCUAACAUGUAUUACUUUAAAAAAGGAUAAAUUAUCCGAUAGUUGUAAGAAGUCCCUAAGUAAUUCCCUACUGUACUCCUGCAUCGACGAUGUUAUGCUCUACUGCGGGGACUACUCGAAAUUUUCAAAGGUACACAAGUGCCUGAAAAAAAAUUUUUACCACUUGAGUAAUAAGUGCCUAAACAUUUUAAGCUACUAUGAAAAUAUAAUGCACAAAUUGCACAAAAUUAAGAAUAAGCCCUACAGCAACCAGGAGCAUUUGUUUUUAGAAAGAGAAAAGGGAGGAGCAACAGUCGGCAACUCGAGCAACGUCAAUGAUCAUGAUAAUAACACCCCAGGCGGAAAAUACAACCGGACCGUUAAUGACAGUCGAAAUGGAAAUGACGCGAAAUAUAACCUUUUCAACGAUAAUGAUGCUAAUCAUAAAUCUACCAUGGCUGAUAAUUUAAGAAAAGGAUAUGGUCAUUAUAUUUUUCCGUCCAUGGAUUACAAUUACCUGAUCGAUUUCAAAUCAAGAAGUUUUGGAUAUAAAUCCUUUUUGUACUUUUUUGUUUGCCUCCUUAUUUCGUUCCUACUGUACAUAUUAAUAAUUUGUAUCAAGAAAUAUUACGUUGCGGAUUCGAACAACUUUUUUGUAAAAGCUGAGAAGACUAAGCUGGCACAGUUGUGA